AUGACAGUCGGUCAGGAUCCUUCAAAGUCAGAGCAGUCGUUGUGUCUCGGUUCCUUGCAAGGUUCCAGUCCUGAUAACGAAGCAGCGCCCGAAGCGAUCAAAACCACGAUUUGCCAUACAGUGACUGCAUCUCAUUUUGCCAAGAUCCCCCCGAUUAUUGCUGACGAUGGGCAUUUCUGGCACAAAAGGCCACUGCGAGUCGCUGUUGACGAGGCGGGAUGGCGUUUCACCAAUCUGACGCCGGCACAGAUCGAGAAGAUUCGUCAGGGCGAGCCUGCUGCCAAUCCUAUGGAGAAAGUGAUUCUAUGGCGAAUACUGGCUUUGCUACGUCUGAACAUUCAGUUGCUCUUUGUUUCCGAUGGCUUACGAAAGCCGGGGAAGACGAGGCGCAAGGUCCCACAUCACCAAGCACCUGGCGAAGCUGAAGCCGAAUGCGCAUUACUCCAACGUUUGGGCGUCGUGGACGCUGUUUGGAGCGACGAUGGCGAUUGCUUCAUGUUCGGCUGUCAAAUGCUGAUCAAAGCACACAAGCAAGAUGGCAAGCGCGUCAACGAUCAGGUGAGGGUGUACAAAGCUGUGGAGAUUCGAGAAAGCCUGAACUUUGAUGCAGACUCAGUAAUGUGGAGAGCAUCAUUGCAAGCAGCUCUGCAAGCACAAGGAAAGGGCAUCGUGGUCCCGGACACAUUUCCGCCUUGGAAGGCGCUCCUUGGAUAUAAAGAUCCAGCUGUGAGCACACAGGAGCAAGCUUUCAAUCUGCGCGGCCUUCGCGGAGGCUGGGAGAAAGAAGUCAACCUGCCAAAAUUGCGAACUGAGCUCUUGAUGCCAGAAGACGAAAACUGGUCAAAAUUUGAGAAGAAAGGAACUCCCUACGAUCCCCUACAGAAGAUUGAAUGCAUAAUUCUGGAGUGCAUUCUCCUGAAUGGACUUCCUCAGGGCACACUUGAUGUUGUUGCGCCGACUAAAAGGAAGUCAAAGAAUAUCAAAGUAAAGGAAGAGGCCGUCACAGCCCUGGAGUCAUCGAUUCUAGAUCUCUCGCGCAAAGCCGCCAACCGUAUUCAGAAUGAUGACACUCCGACUUCCGUCACAUCGUCGAAGAGACAAGAUGCGGUGAUGGUCGGCCAUCGUGAUGUGAUCAAUCCUCUGUCUAAAAAACAGUGCUGUGGAUCAAAAGCACCACGUCCCGACGCGGUGCUUCCAUUAACGCCAUCGCGUCCAACAUUUAGGCGAUUGCAGCUGCCGGACUACAACCGACAUCAUCACCCAGACACAUCGCCAUCCUCUGUUACAAAGCCGUUGGGUACAGUCAUUGGACGAGAGCCGGACCUCACGCGCGGCCCAAAGCGACCACUGGCCAACGUAGACUGCACCAUUGUCGAUCUCACGCAACGGUCAAGCGAUGGGCUCAGCAACAAGGUGCAUGGACCAAACUCCCAGUGCCCACCAUGUGCACAGAUCUUUAAUGCCACACUAAAAUUCGUAAAUUCUACGAACGGAAGUCAGUUAAACCAUCAGAACCACAAGCAAAGGGCGUCCGAGAAUGCAGAGGUGGACGUCACGAUAGCAUCUAUUGAUCAGCUUGACGCUCCUGUUGCACUUGCGCCCUAG